AUGUUAGCCUCCAAGUACCUACAGGAUAGGAAUUACUCCGCCAGGGCUUGGAGUAAAAUAUCUGGCCUCCGCAGCAGUGAGAUCAACGAGAACGAGCGAGAAUAUCUUCUCAAGAUUGACUACAACCUGCAUGUCCCCAAGGAGUUCUUCGACAACUGGAGCAAGAUUGUGCUGGCUCUGAGCAAAUUGGCCAAAGAGCUGCCACAAUCCCGAUGUCGGUCAUCCCCAAACUACGAUUUUCGCCAUCCUGGUAGUGGCACGAACGCGAUCCUGGCUAGCAUGGUCUCUGAAGUCGACGUAGGCCAUCCUGCCGAGGAGACUAUAUUUUCAGACCAAUGGUGGACGGAUGUGAUUCAGAAGCUGGAACCUACUAUGGUCAAUGAUCCGGUGCUCGUGAAUGACUUUCUGCGGAGACAUCUACCAGAAGACAAGACCGAUCAGAUCAUGUUCCCGCACUUCACCAAGCAACCGAGCAGGGCCUGGGAUACUCUAUCGUCGAGCCCAGACCAUGUAGGCCAAGUUUACGACAUGAACUUCAGUGACACUCUGAAGCCACGGAGCGCGGAACAAUGCAAAGACGAGUCCUGCGCGAAGCUCUGUCUUGCCCAUGCAGCCGCAGCUACGAAAUCUUCCUACUCCACAGACUACUCCCCGGCUUGCAGACAAGUGUCCAUGGUCAAACAAUUCCAGCACACCUUCUCUCCGUUGUUCGGCUUCCGUAGACGCCCUGCGGAAGACAAUUCAGGAGAUCCCAAGCAGGUCCACUACUCCUUCAACCUCCUCCCCAGCAUCGGUUGCCUCAGAUUUUACAGUUCGUACAUCAAGGUCCAGGUCGUCAUCCAUUUCCUCGAAUUCAUCGUGGUCAUCCUUGGCCUCGGCAGUUCCGCGACUGCGGAUUGCUAG